AUUGUAGCGAAAGCAGAAACAGGAAGCGGUCACGUGACACCACCGUGGUUCUCUUAGGUAUACAAAACAAACCAUUUGGAGAAAUUGCCAAGCCGCUCGAGGUAACCAAUAGCUCUUUCCGGCUUUCUGCCCCACCCUCACGCAUGCCCAGCAGAAGCGUUCGCAGUGCUCUAGACACCGUCCGGGUGCCGGGCCGGAACCUGCGUGUAGCGGAACCUUAGGCUCUGAGCUCCAGGUUGCGGAAGGCGUGUUUGCCGUACGGCUUCCGGCAGGCUCUCAGCCCUCGUGUGGCGCUGUAGUUGAUAGCUAUGGCGCCUCGCUUGUUGCGUCGACAGACCCUGGAACGGUGUUUGAGGGAAGUCAGGAAAGCCACCAGCCGACCCGAGUGCUUCCUCACGAUUCAAAAUGGACUAGCAUCAAACUUUACUUCUCUAACAAAAGUUCUGUAUGAUUUUAAUAAAAUAUUAGAGAAUGGCCAAAUCUCUGGAAGUCCUUUACAAAAACUUGAGAUAAACAAUUUUGAUGAUGAACAAAUUUGGCAACAACUAGAAUUGCAAAAUGAACCAGUCUUACAAUAUUUCCAGAAUGCAGUUAGUGAAACAAUUGAGGAUGAAGAUAUCAGCCUUCUCCCAGAAAGUGAAGAAGAGGAGUGUGAAGAGGAUGCCUCAGAGAUGGAGGCUGACAGCCAGGAGAAUCUAGAGACAGAUUUGGAGGAGGAACAACUAACAGCCACAGAUGGUGAUGUUCCUAAAGGGAAGGAGAAAGCCGAAAGCUCAAGCAAAUCUGACCCAAGGAAGAGUCCAGAUUUCAGUGAUGAGGAUUCAGACCUUGACUUUGAUAUUGGCAAAUUGGAACAGCAGACCAAGAUGCAAAUCAAGCCAUCUGGAAAAACAAAAGAAAAGUCUGUAGUAGAUGAUAAAUUCUUCAAACUAUCUGAAAUGGAGAACUUUUUAGAAAAAAUGGAAAAAGAAGAGGAAAAAAAACCUGAUGAUGAAGAGGAGGAGGAAGAUAUUGACCUGUUUGAAGACAUUGAUUCGGAUGAAGGUGAGGGAGGGCUGUUUGGACAGCAGAAAAUUAAGUCAAAUAAAAGUUCUAGAAAUCUGAAAUAUAAGGACUUCUUUGAUCCAGUUGAAAGUGAUGGUGACUCAGCCAGUGUUGUUGAUGAUGAGCUAGAUUCAGACAAAGAAGAACUUGCUGAAGGAACGGAGGAAAGCAUGUUUGAAAUGGAUGAAGAUAAUGACCUGGAGGAUAAUGAGCAACAUAAAGAAGGCUUGAAAAGAGUGACCUUUGCUUUGCCAGAUGAUGAUGAGGCUGAAGAUACAAGUCCCUUAGCUGUAAAGCAGGAAUGUGAUGAAGUUAAAUCCUCUUUUGAAAAGAGACAGGAGAAGAUGAAUGAAAAAAUUGCAUCUUUGGAAAAAGAGUUGUUGGAACAAAAGCCUUGGCAGCUUCAAGGGGAAGUGACAGCACAGAAGCGGCCAGAGAACAGUCUGCUAGAAGAGACCCUCCACUUUGACCAUGCUGUCAGGAUGGCCCCUGUAAUUACAGAGGAAACUACCCUUCAGCUAGAAGAUAUCAUUAAACAGAGGAUACGAGAUCAGGCUUGGGAUGAUGUCGAACGAAAAGAAAAACCUAAAGAAGAUGCAUAUGAAUAUAAGAAGCGUCUGACGUUAGACCAUGAGAAGAGUAAGCUGAGCCUCGCUGAGAUUUAUGAGCAGGAAUAUAUCAAACUCAACCAGCAAAAAACAGAAGAAGAAGAAAAUCCAGAACAUGUAGAAAUUCAGAAGAUGAUGGAUUCUCUCUUCCUAAAAUUGGAUGCUCUGUCAAACUUUCACUUCAUCCCCAAACCGCCUGUUCCUGAAAUUAAAGUUGUAUCUAAUCUGCCAGCCAUAACCAUGGAGGAAGUGGCCCCAGUGAGUGUCAGUGAUGCAGCCCUUCUGGCCCCAGAGGAAAUUAAGGAGAAAAAUAAAGCUGGAGAUCUAAAAACAGAUGCUGAGAAAACAGCUACAGAUAAGAAACGAGAACGGAGGAAAAAGAAAUAUCAGAAGCGCUUGAAAAUAAAGGAAAAGGAGAAGCGGAGAAAAUUGCGUGAGAAGAGCAACCCAGAUCAGCCUGGGAAGUCCAGCAGAGCAGCAGCUUCAGAGAAACUGAAACAGUUGACCAAGUCAGGCAAAGUGUCAUUGUUAAAGGAUGAACGAAAAGAUAAGCCCUUAAAGUCAUCUCAAGCAUUCUUUUCUAAGUUGCAAGAUCAAGUAAAAAUGCAGAUUAACGAUGCAAAACAACCAGGAAAGAUAAAGAAGAAAAAGCAGGACAUUUCUGUUCAUAAAUUAAAGCUGUAAUAUAGUUGAGUUUAGUGUAUAAAUCUGUAAGUUUCUGUCAUUAUUUUGUUUUAUAAUAAAAUUCUCAAGACCUCUC